AAAGUUAGCGAGUCAGGCGUGGGAAGAGAUCGCGACUCGGGAAAAGUUAGAACACGAGAGAGAGAGAGAGGGAGGGAGGGACACGGCAGAGCUUCCGAAAGCAAUCGGAGGAGUUCAUAGUUCAAAAAUUUUUUGUUUUAAUUUUUUGGUUUGGAGAAGGGGAUUAGGAUCAUUCGAUGGGUUCGCUCACGCAGAGGGAUGAGUUAGAGGUGUCGGCGAUGGCCGACGACGGGUGGUCGUCGGAGGCGAUCGUAUACGUUAACGGCAUCCGUCGUGUUCUUCCGGAUGGGUUGGCUCACCUCACUCUACUGCAGUAUCUAAGAGAAAUAAAUCUAACGGGGACUAAGCUUGGAUGUGGAGAAGGUGGUUGUGGAGCUUGUACAGUAAUGGUUUCAGAUUAUGAUCGAUCUGCAAGGAAAUCAGUGCAUUAUGCAGUUAAUGCAUGCUUGGCUCCAUUAUAUUCCGUUGAAGGAAUGCAUAUUAUUACUGUAGAGGGCCUUGGAUCUUGUCAGAGUGGCUUGCACCCUGUCCAGGAGGCUUUGGCUCAAGCCCAUGGUUCUCAGUGUGGAUUUUGUACCCCUGGAUUUGUGAUGUCCAUGUAUGCAUUGCUGCGGUCAAACAAAGUACCUCCUAGUGAAGAGCAGAUUGAAGAAUGCCUCUCUGGAAAUUUAUGUCGGUGUACUGGUUAUAGACCGAUAAUAGAUGCUUUUCGUGUUUUUGCUAAGACCGAUAACUCUGUGUACACUAAAUCAUAUCCAACAAAUGGUGAAUUCAUUUGCCCAUCAUCUGGAAAACCAUGUUCAUGUAGAGAAGGAAAAGUUCAUAAUAGUGAAAGUUCAGCUUGCGGUUCCACUUGUGGAGAACACAGACCUGUCUCUUACAAUGAAAUUGAUGGAAGUUUAUACAAAGAGAAGGAACUUAUUUUUCCACCAGAGCUGGUUUUGAGAAAUAAUCUUCCACUGAAAUUGCAUGGUUUUGGUGGAAUUAGGUGGUAUCGUCCCCUAAAACUUAAACAUCUAUUGGAUCUUAAGUCACUUUACCCAGCUGCAAAACUUGUUGUUGGUAAUACGGAGGUAGGAAUUGAAGUUAAUUUUAAAAAUGCACAAUAUCCAGUUCUUAUCUCUGUCUCACAUGUACCUGAGCUCAAUGUUUUGAGCAUUAAAGAGAAUGGUCUUGAGAUAGGCUCUUCUGUAAGGCUGAGCAGGCUUCAAGAAGUUCUCAAAGAAGUGAUAGCAGAACGAGAAAUUCAUGAAACAUCCUCUUGCAGGGCUAUUAGUGAUCAGCUAAAAUGGUUUGCUGGAAAGCAGGUGAAGAAUGUGGCUUCUGUUGGUGGAAAUAUAUGCACUGCGAGUCCAAUUUCAGAUUUGAAUCCACUUUGGAUGGCUGCUAGAGCAGAUUUUAAUAUUGUUGACUCAAAAGGGAACAUUAGAACUGUCCAUGCUAAAGAUUUCUUUCUUGGUUACCGCAAAGUUGAUCUUGCUCAGGGUGAAAUUCUACACUCAAUUUUCUUACCUUGGAGCAAACAUUUUGAGUUUGUUAAAGAGUUUAAGCAAUCACACCGGAGAGAAGAUGAUAUUGCUCUUGUAAAUGCUGGAAUGCGUGUGUACCUUGAGGAAGUAGAGUCAAAUUGGCAAGUUUCUGACGUUUCCAUUAUAUAUGGCGGAGUUGCUGCAGUUUCCCUCAUUGCGGCAAAAACUGAAAAUUUUCUAAUUGGAAAGACUUGGGAUAAAAACUUAUUACAGUCGGCUUUAAAAAUAUUGAAAGACAAUGUUCCUCUUGCAGGAGAUGCACCUGGUGGGAUGGUUGAAUUCCGCAAAUCACUAAUACUGAGUUUCUUUUUCAAAUUCUUCUUGUGGGUUACUCAGCAGAUGAAUACAAAUGGAUUCCUUAAGGAAUCCAUGGAUGGAACUCACCUAUCAGCCAUACAACCUUACUCCAGGCCUUGUUCUAGUGCGAGUCAGAACUACGAAAUAACAUCAGUAGGAACUGCUGUCGGUUUGCCUGUGGUUCAUCAAUCUGCUAAACUACAGGUUUAAUGAUUAAUUAGUCAA